GGUGCCCUCGGUGCCUGGGGACGGCCACCUGCGGUGCCGCCCGCGGGAGGGGCCGCGCCCUCGGGGCAGGUGACGGGAAAUCCUGGACCUGGUUAAUGAUUCCUUCAUUCCUGGAGCGGGCUGGACACGGGAGGCCGCGGCUUCCAGGGGACACCACACUGAACCUGUUGCGGGGCCCGCCAAGGCCCUGACCCUCGGGUCUGUGCCCUCCCCACAGGACAGGUAUGAUCUUGGAGCUGGCCGCCAUGGAGCUGAAAGUGUGGGUGGACGGCAUCCAGCGGGUGGUCUGCGGGGUCUCAGAGCAGACCACCUGCCAGGAAGUGGUUAUAGCACUAGCCCAAGCAAUAGGCCAGACAGGCCGCUUCGUGCUUGUGCAGCGUCUCAGAGAGAAGGAACGGCAGCUGCUGCCACAGGAGUGUCCAGUAGGUGCCCAGGCCACCUGUGGACAGUUUGCCAGUGAUGUCCAGUUUGUCCUGAGGCGGACAGGACCCAGCCUGUCUGGGAGGCCCUCCUCAGACAGAUGUCUGCCCCCGGAGCGAUGCCCAGUUCGUGCCAGCCUCCCCCCAAAGCCAAGAGCAGGACCCGGCCGUGAGCCCCGGAAAGCACUGACCUUCAGUUUGGGAUGUCCCAGGCUGGCUCCCAAUCCCCUACCCCCUGAGCCUGCAACCCCAUUAGUACCCACACCGGGCACCUUUGCAGACCUGCAGGACCUAGAGCUCAGAGUACAGAGGAAUGCCGAGGAGCUGGGCCAUGAGGCCUUCUGGGAACAGGAGCUUCGGAGAGAGCAAGCCCGGGAGCGAGAGGGCCAGGCUCGCUUGCAGGCCCUGAGUGCAGCUACUGCCGAGCAUGCUGCCAGGCUCCAGGCCCUGGAUGCGCAGGCCUGUGCCCUGGAGACUGAGCUUCGGUUGGCCACAGAGGCGCCUGGACCUCCCUCUGCUACAGCAUCUGCUACAGAACGCCUGCUCCAGGACCUGGCAGUCCAGGAGCGGCAGAGUGUGGAGGUGCAGGGUAGCCUGGCCCUGGUGAGCCGAGCUCUGGAGGCUGCUGAGCAUGCCCUGCAGGCCCAGGCUCAGGAGCUUGAGGAGCUGAACCGGGAGCUCCGUCAGUGUAACCUGCAGCAAUUCAUCCAGCAGACUGGGGCUGCCCUACCACCGCACACACAUCCGGACAGAGGCCCAUCUGGCACAGAGGAUCUUCUGCCUCCAGCCAGUGAAGAGGCCCUCCAAGGAACCCCCCAGAGUCAUGUCCUAGUGCCCAGCCUGAGUCCUGAGGCUUCCCACAUACGGCAGAGCUCCUGGAGGUAGCAGCUCU